AUGAACUCACUCAGACAGAGACAGACCACGGUGCAGACUGCUACGCAGGAAGUGCACGAUGAUCCAGUCACGACUCAAGUGUUGCGCCGACUCCACUAUUAUCACGAAUUAGAUGACUGGCAAAAGGAUAACCACUUUAUCCGAUCAGGCUACGUAAAGGAAACCAGUUCGUACCGAGAAUGUUUGAAAUCAUUGACGUACUUACACAAUGAAUCCAUGAAUAUUUAUACCCAUUUAAUCCCAUCCAGUAUUGUAUUUUGGUCGGUGCUUUACUACAUCAACUACGUCCUCACCGAGUAUGAUAAUUAUCUUGGGAUUUGGGAGAAGCUCAACUUUUUGCAGUUUGCAACAGCAUGUACCUUUUGUUUGUUCAUGUCGUCUGCUUUCCACACCAUCAAGGCCCAUUCUCACAAGGUGAGUAAGUUUGGCAACCAACUAGACUACUUUGGCAUUGUCAUUUUGAUUAGCUGUUCCUUGAUUUCAAUCAUUUUGUUUGCCUUCUAUGAUCAUCCCUUCUUAAAGUAUUUCUUUGUGGUACUCACAGCGGUGUUUGGUACUAUAUGUACGGUACUUACCUUAGAUCCUCAUUUCGCCAGUGUGGAAUAUAGAAAAUUCAGAGCAACAAUGUUUAUCAUGUUUGGAUUAUCAGGGGCACUCCCUAUUCUAGUAGGAUUCUAUAUGUGGGGUUUCCAACAUACCAAGGAAAGAUCAGGCAUGAUCUAUCUCAUCCUCGAAGGUGUGUUUUAUAUAUUUGGGGCCGUGUUGUAUGCCGGAAGAUUCCCGGAAAGGCUUACAGGCAUAGACAAGGAAGAGUUCUUGAAAAAUCCUACACCAGGAAUGUUUGAUAUCUUUGGCCAUUCCCACCAGAUCUUCCAUGUGUUUGUCGUCAUUGCUGCCUUUUGUCAUUGGAAAGCUUUAGUGCAAUGCUAUCAUUUUAUGCACCAGUAUAUAUUAACUGUGUAG